CGGUGUCCUAAAAUGCCCCGGCGCGGUGUCAAGAAAAGACAAUUUCGCACUCCGUAGGCACGAGGCAAAACAUAGAGAGAGAAAAAAUAACCGAAAAAGGGUAACGUUUGUUUUGUUUUUUGAGAAUAUCUUACGCGCGCGAGUUUAUACAGUGUUACCACAGCGGGCAACCGAUUUACACGUGCAUCAUGCAGAAAGCGUUGGUGUUCGCGUGUAUUUUAUGUGUUGAUAUAAUAAUAGUUUACACUCUGGACCUCGGAGCAACAUUGCUGAAGUUUCGUACAAGAAAUCUCGACCAUAAUCUGUUCCGCCAAUGGGCUGAAUCUGGACUGCGAUGCACACUACUGUACGCAGGAUCUAUGUUAUCUAAAGAUGCUGCAGGUCCAUUAAUAAGGAGGUGGAUUACAGUCCACUGUUUUAUCGAUUCGGUAUACGAAACCGGACGCUUGGCGUUGUUUGACAACUAUCGCCUUGAUAAAUAUAAUAGCUGGCUUGUCGGAACCGUCGCUGCUGCUUUGGCUUGUCUCUUUUGGGAGGUAAUGCUGCCUGACACGAAUGGAGAGAGUAACGGUAACGGUAAAGAGCGCAAACAGAGGGCUCGAGUCCUCUUCAUCCGGGUCAUCCGUUUAUACAAACCUGACUACAUAUUAUUGUGUGGAGCUUUUGUCUUUCUGUCCCUAGCUGUGCUAUGUGAGAUGUUCAUCCCACUGUACACAGGAGAGGUGAUUGACAUAUUGGGUUCUCAUUACCAGUGGGAUAACUUCAGAUCUGCCAUAAUUCUUAUGGGAUUAUUCUCAUUGGGAAGUUCUUUCAGUGCAGGUUGUCGUGGAGGCCUGUUCAUGUGUGCAAUCAACAGCUUCACUUGCAGAGUUAAGAUGCAACUGUUUGGGUCCCUUGUCAGGCAGGAUAUUGGCUUCUUUGAAACCAUCAAGACAGGUGAUAUCACAUCUAGACUGUCCACAGACACUACUUUGAUGAGCCACGCUGUAGCCCUGAAUGUCAAUAUCCUUAUACGGACCAUGAUUAAGACCCUAGGCAUGCUGUAUCUGAUGGUGAGCCUCUCCUGGAAGCUUACACUGCUGAUGCUGAUGGAGACGCCACUGACAGGCUUACUGCAGAACAUAUAUGACACGCAUUAUCAGAGGCUGUCAAAAGAAGUUCAGGACUCCAUAGCACAAUCUAAUGAGACUGCUGGGGAGGUGGUGUCAGGAAUCAGGACGGUAAAGAGUUUCAGGACAGAACUUGGUGAAGCCCAUCGCUAUGAUGUUUGCUUGAUGGAAACCCAUAAUCUAAAGACCCGACGGGACACAGUCAGGGCAAUUUACCUGCUAGUUAGACGGAUGACAGAAGUAGGAAUGAAGGUGGCCAUGCUUUACUAUGGGAGACUCUUCAUCCAGUAUGGACAGAUGACCACAGGAAAUCUCGUCUCUUUCAUCCUUUAUCAGCAAGACCUUGGAGACAACAUCAGGACUUUGAUCUACAUCUUUGGAGACAUGCUGAACUCAGUAGGUGCGGCCGGUAAGGUGUUCGAGUACCUGGACCGAAAGUCUGAAGUCAGUACUGACGGCAAUUUGCAGCCCAGUGAUCUGAAAGGACACGUCAGCUUUCAAAACCUCACCUUCUCGUAUCCCAGAAGGCCUGACCACAAUGUGUUAAAGAACUUCUCUCUGGAGUUGAAGCCCGGUCAGAUGACGGCUCUGGUGGGAAUGUCAGGUGGGGGGAAGAGCACGUGUGUGAGUCUGCUGGAGAGAUUCUACCAGCCUCAACAGGGACAAAUUCUGUUAGAUGGACAACCACUGCAGAACUACCAACACAACUACAUGCACAGCAAGAUAGCAAUGGUGGGUCAGGAGCCUGUACUUUUCUCUGGCACCGUUCGAGACAACAUUGGCUAUGGUCUGCCUGGCUGCUCAAUGGAAAAAGUAAAGGAGGCUGCCAGCAAAGCCAAUGCCCAUUCCUUCAUCAGCAAACUGGAAAAUGGCUAUGACACAGAUGUGGGAGAGCGUGGUAACCUGCUCUCGGGAGGUGAGAAGCAGCGAAUCGCUAUCGCCAGAGCUCUGAUCAGACAACCCCAGGUGCUCAUACUGGACGAAGUGACUAGCUCUUUGGACACUGAAAGUGAACAAAUGGUUCAACAGGCCCUGGCUUGCUGCCCAACUCAGACCUUGCUUGUGAUUGCUCAUAGGCUGAAGACCAUUGAGAGGGCGGAUCAGAUUGUGCUGAUUGACAGUGGGGAGGUGGUGGAGUCAGGCACUCAUGAGGAACUCAUGAACCAGAAGGGAAGUUACUAUAAACUGAGAGAAAGACUCUUCAAAGACAAAGAGAAAUCGGACACAGUAAAAAUCGAAUAGCCUGUCGCAGAAAUAUUGUACAUUGUAAUAAACAAACAUGCCAUUGUAAAUAGAUACCUGUAAGGGCAUAAGUUGUGAUACUGGGCUGUACAUAAACCCAGUGAUGAUCAUCAGUCAAAAUGUUUCAUCUCAAACACCUUUGAUUGUGUUACAUUUUGGAUGUGUUGGAAGUUGUAAUAUUUAAAUGUGAAUAAAUAGAGAGUUCUUGCUAA